CCUUCUUAUCGGUAGCAUCCAGGCCCAGUGUUCACCCUCUUGUUGCAGCAACGAUAACAGACCAACAAACCACCAGCUCACGAUGCACCGUCGCCAGCCCAGCCAACCCCGUUGCGGAGACUUAGCACUCCCUCUGCUUCUGGGCACGGCCCUGCAAUAAUUCCAUGUCACCUCGUCAUCCUUUUGGAUAUCCAAUUUGCCCCGCCCUGGCCUCUUUUGCCUUUCCUGCUUGGUGUCUUUUCCUUUCCAUUCCAUCCAGCGCCUGUGCCUGGAUUGAACCAAACCGCCAUUAAAGCUAGGCCGUAGACUCAUUAUUCCAUUCUAUUUUGCAGUCGACAAUUCUAUACACAAAAAGCCAGCAAACCGCAGAGCCAGCUUGUCCCAGUCAACAGUGUGACAUCAUGCCUGCCCGCCAAAAUACUGCGCAGCCGCGCAUCACCAAAUUCACCAACUGCCGCAUCCUCAAGAACAACCGGCUUGUUGAGCAAGAUCUGUGGAUCGAUUCGUUCUCGGGGAAGAUUCUCCGGGAUCAGGAAGCCUUCUAUGAGCUACACCUGUCUCCAGAUCAGGUCAUCAACCUGCAGGGCCGCAUCGUGGCCCCAGGCUUCAUUGACGUCCAGCUCAACGGUGCCCAGGGCUUUGAUUAUUCGGUGCCACAGGCGACUCGCGAGGAAUACGAUGCUGGGUUCAUCGCAUCGAAUCGCGGGCUGAUUAAAACCGGCGUGACAUCUUUCCUACCCACCACGGUCAGCACGACCGCUGAAAACUACAAGCAAGUUCUCCCUUCACUUGCUCCGACUGGAGCGCGCCGUCCAGAAGAUGGCGCGGAAUCACUCGGGGCCCACGUCGAAGGCCCAUUUAUCAACCCAUCGCGGAACGGAAUCCACAAGCCCGAAGUGCUUUUAUCUUCAACUCAGGGCUUCCAGGAUAUUAUCGACUGUUACGGAUUACAAAACAUUCCCGAAGCCAAGGUCAAUGAAGAAGACACGCCGGUUCCGAACGGAGGCACAAAUGGCCAAACAAAUGGCCACGCCUUGGCAGGGGCAAAGCCAGCGAUCAAAAUGAUCACCGCCGCGCCUGAGGUCGGACACAUGACUAGGAAUAUUCGCGAACUGAUAUCUCGAGGUAUCAUUUACUCUAUUGGACAUUCAGAUGCCACAUACGAACAAGCGAUGACGGCUGUUGGCCAAGGCGCCACAAUGAUUACUCAUCUAUUCAAUGCGAUGCGACCUUUCUACCACCGAAACCCUGGUGUUUUCGGCCUUCUAGGCCAGAGCGACCUGCCCAAACCAUACUUCGGAGUUAUCGCGGACGGGAUUCACCUGCACCCUACCUCGAUCAAAAUCGCAUACAAUGCACACAGCGAGGGUCUAGUCCUUGUAACCGACGCCAUGCGUUUAUGCGGCCUGCCAGACGGCAUAUAUGACUGGACGAAUGGAGACCGCAUCAUCAAAAAGGGCGUCCGGUUGACCCUCGAAGGAUCCGACAAGAUCGCCGGUAGCUCUGCCACUCUAAUUGAAUGCAUCAACAACUUCCGUCGCUGGACCGGUGCUUCCACCGCCGAGUCUCUUGUCGCCGCCACCGCCACGCCAGCAAAGAUGCUAGGCAUGGAGAAAGUCAAGGGUACUUUGGAUCACGGCGCGGAUGCUGAUCUAGUCAUUCUCGGAGAGACGAUAGACUCUUACAGUGGGCCAACCUUGACAGUGGACCAAGUGUGGAAAUUUGGUGUCAAGGUCCACGACACAGCCGAUGUGGUUGUAAGCACCAAGAUUUUAGCUUAAACGUUCUCUCCCCUUGUUUGGACCUUUGACGCACCUGCGUAGAUUUCAGCCUCAGGCUUUUUUGUUAUUCUUGACAAGCGUGGUGGAGUUAUUCUUGACCUUAAACAGUUGGCUUCUAUAUGUGUAGCACCUUUUGGAGUUUGAUAGAGUAAGAAAGCUCAGCAGCAUUACUAUUUUUGUAUAUUACUAGCAUAGACGUGAUACCACCGAUUUUAUAGAAAUGUCAAUUCAUAAACUUACAUAUGUAUA